AUGGUGUAGAAGGGUAAAUGUGGAAAGGUGGUUAGUUUUGUUGUUUGGGUCACGUAAGAAGGAAAGGCCUACGGCUCUAAUACAAAACCUAGACGCAGUGCUAAGCUACGAUAUUCUUCAACUCCACGGCGCAGAUCACUCUUUCUUUCUCAUAACACUUAGUGAUGGCAGGUUUGGCUCCGGAGGGAUCGCAAUUUGAUUCUCGACAAUAUGAUUCUAAGAUGAAUGAAUUCCUUUCUGCCGACGGGCAAGAAUUCUUCACCUCAUAUGAUGAAGUCUAUGAUAGUUUCGAUGCAAUGGGUUUGCAGGAAAAUCUUCUGAGAGGCAUAUAUGCUUAUGGUUUUGAGAGACCUUCUGCAAUACAGCAAAGGGGAAUCGUUCCUUUCUGCAAAGGUCUGGAUGUGAUUCAGCAGGCUCAGUCUGGAACUGGGAAGACUGCAACAUUCUGUUCAGGAAUUUUACAGCAGCUUGAUUAUGGAUUAGUUCAGUGUCAGGCAUUGGUUUUGGCACCAACAAGGGAGCUUGCACAGCAGAUUGAGAAGGUUAUGCGAGCUCUUGGUGAUUACCUGGGUGUUAAGGUUCAUGCUUGUGUGGGUGGGACCAGUGUUCGUGAGGAUCAGCGCAUUCUCCAAGCUGGUGUGCAUACUGUUGUGGGCACUCCUGGGCGUGUGUUUGACAUGCUGCGAAGACAGUCUCUUCGCCCAGACCACAUAAAGAUGUUUGUUUUGGAUGAGGCUGAUGAAAUGCUUUCACGUGGUUUCAAAGAUCAGAUCUAUGACAUCUUCCAGCUAUUGCCAGCUAAAAUUCAGGUUGGAGUGUUCUCUGCUACAAUGCCACCUGAAGCCCUAGAGAUUACAAGGAAGUUCAUGAAUAAGCCGGUGAGAAUCCUGGUAAAGCGUGAUGAAUUGACCCUCGAAGGUAUCAAGCAGUUUUAUGUGAAUGUUGAGAGGGAAGAUUGGAAACUAGAGACAUUAUGCGACCUUUAUGAGACUUUGGCAAUCACCCAGAGUGUGAUCUUUGUGAACACCAGGCGCAAGGUGGACUGGCUCACUGACAAGAUGCGGGGCAAUGACCAUACUGUCUCAGCCACUCACGGAGACAUGGACCAAAACACUCGUGAUAUCAUCAUGCGUGAAUUUCGUUCUGGCUCUUCUCGAGUUCUAAUUACCACUGAUCUCUUAGCUCGUGGUAUAGAUGUACAGCAAGUGUCUCUGGUUAUAAACUAUGAUCUGCCUACCCAACCUGAAAAUUAUCUUCAUCGCAUAGGGCGAAGUGGGCGUUUUGGAAGAAAAGGUGUUGCCAUAAACUUCGUGUCAUUGGAUGAUGCAAGAAUGCUGUCUGAUAUUCAGAAGUUUUACAAUGUGACUGUAGAGGAGUUGCCAUCAAAUGUUGCUGAUCUGCUCUGAUGAGUUAAUUUUUGUUCUUUAAGUCAUCGGGGCUUUUACUUUUUGACAAUUACAAUUUUGUGCUCUUGUUGUCAUUUACCAUUUUUACCCAUUAGAUUUCAAACAUACCCGACUUUAUUUAUAUUGGAUUCCAUAAAAUUUGAUUAAUUUCUUAAUUAGAUUAGCAAGCCUUUUUCAUUUAUUACGUCUACCUGUCAUAGCCAACAUCCCCAGUUAUGAAUCUUGUUUUGAACUAAGAAAUUUUAAUCUAAAUGCAAUGUUUAUAUAUUGUAUUUC